AUGCAAGACGACUUUGCGAUGUUGGAUAUGUCAGCGAAUGCUGAGCCCGACGUGGCUCAUGCCGCGAUCGAGAUCGAAACCUUCGCAUCUUCGAUGGAUGCUGCACGUUACGAGGAACCCUCCUACUUGACUCUUCCUCGUGCUUUGCGAAGCAAGCAAGAUGAAUACAAGGACGCGCCGACCAUGAGAGGCUCUUCUGGGCCAAGUCGCCAGAAACAACUUGAAGCGCUGCAAUAUUGCAUAGCGUUGCUAUCACGAAACGAAAGACCGGUUAUCAGACGCGCGAAUGGUGCUCUCAUGCAACUUUGA